UUUCCCUCGUUUUCUUAUAUUUAUGACGCAAACACAAAAAUCUCAAAGUUCUCCGUCUCUCAUUAGGGUUUGCGCAAAUCUGGACUGCUAGAUCCAGAAGCGUGCAUAACUCAGUAAUUGAAUGAAGUUUAUGCUUUUAGGGGUUUCGAUUUCUUCUCAUUAUCUCGAAUUGGUGUUUGGUUUAUUUGAGAAAUUGAACUAUUAGGGUUUUCAUUGACCUGAAUUUCUUAAUUUGGCUUUUUUGGCUAGUGAGAAAUUUAAGCUUUUUGGGGCGUCUGAUUGCAUAAGGUCUUCAAUAAUUUGUGUCUGUUGGGGGAUUUUUUUCCGUUUGAGAAUUGACUUGCAGCUUCUACCAUUGGUGUUUGGUCUCUAAGAAAUUUUUUUGGAGUUUCAGGGCUUAGGCUGGUUUUGAUUAGUUCUAAAUUGUCUCUAAAUUGGCUUUUUUAGAGUAAAAGUUUUAUUCUAGGUUUGGUUUUAAUGGCGAAGGUGGGCGAAGAGGACGUUGAAUAUGAGAGCGAUCCUGAGGAGGAAAAGCGCCUUCUGGGGAUGAGAAGGCGUGAAGCGGCAAGUGACGAUGAGGAAGGCGAAGGGGAAGAGAAGCCCAGAAUGGAUCGGAGGGCCCCCAUUCAUUCUGACGAAUGCGAUGGCCAGGGUGGGGCAGCAGAAUACGAUGAUGAUGAAGAGGAAUUAGAAGGGGAAGAUGUUGAAGAAGAGGUUUAUGAAGAUGAAGAAGCUUAUGAGGAUGAGGAAGAGGAAGAUGAAAUUGAUGGGUUUGAGGAAGGGAAAGAAGGAAAUGAGAGGAGAGGAGGAGGUGAUGGUGGAGUGGAGGGUAAGGAAAAGGAAGUAGAGGGGAGGAAGGUGGAGGAGGGGUUAGAGAUAAAAGCUGUGGAGAAUCAUGUGGAGGAAGAGGAGGAGGACGAAGAGGGGAAAAAGGAGAACGAACCGUUUGCAGUACCCACUGCUGGGGCUUUUUACAUGCAUGACGAUCGGUUUAGGGACAAUGCUGGUGGUCGACACAGGCGAACAUAUGGUGGAAGGAAGUUGUGGGAGUCCAAAGACGACAAGAAAUGGGGGCAUGACAAGUUUGAGGAGAUGAAUUUGCCGGAAAGGCGUUAUGAACAGGGAAGGAGGGGUUCUAAAGGUAAUUUUCGAGGUCGUGGUGGGAAAAUUCGAGCUCCAGACCGUGUAUUUGCACGAAGGAACAAAUCAAAGACAUUCAGCAAUGGGAACAAUCAGAACCAGGCACCUAUAGGUGUGAGGGGGAGGGGGCCAAGAAAGUAUGAACCUACAUGGAAGACCAGCAGCCAGGCACCUCCAGCACAAAACAAACAGCCUGAGAAGUCAUUUGAUAGAACUUCACAUGGUAACUCCAGUAGAGUUUUUACACCAACACCAAAUAAAGAAUCUGGUCAAGUGCCUCCUGCUAGAAAACAUUCAAGCUUGAGUUCUGCUUCUCCUCCUUUUUAUCCUUCUGGAUCUUCAAAUAAAGAUAUCCCUUUGACUCAGAAAAGGGAAGUACAAGCUGGAAGUACAAGCAGGAAUAUUCGUAUUGAUGAAAGUUUUUCAAUGCAGCAAACCAGUGCAUUGAUUCAGGGGAAGAAUAUAGCUGAUUCUGUUGGAAUCGACAAACUUUAUGUUGAUGAUUCUGUUCCUUCAACAGCUGGUAAGUCCUUGAACACUAUUCAAAUGUCACCUGGAUCUUCAUUGGUCAAUAGCAUGCAAUCCUCUCAAUCCAGAAAUCAAGGAAGGGGUGUAACUAUUUCAAGUCAGAUGACUUAUCAGUCAGCCCCUGUGCAAAAUCAAGUCAACAGAGUCUCAUCUCCAACACAGCCCCAUUCUGUUCAGCGGAGUACUGUCCAAAAUCGUGCCCAACCUUCUGUUCAAGCUCCUGGUCAGCAGUUGGGACAGCGUCCUGGUAGUGGAUCUCAAGCUUCUUCACCACCAAAAACAGCUUUGUCAAUAAAUUCUUAUGAUUCUGGAGAAUCAGAAACUAAUUCAGAAACAAGUAAAUCUAGAAGUGCAUUGGUUGGAAAGGGAAAGGGAAGCAUUCAAGGGAGUGGAAGAGGCUCUUUUAUGUAUGGUGGGGCGCAGGUUAUGGGAGCCUCAGGGAAUAUGGGUGUUGGUCAUGGUGAUCAGAACUUCCCUGCAACUCCAGCCUUCUUGCCAGUUAUGCAAUUUGGGGGUCAGCAUCCUGGUGGUAUUGGAGUUCCUGCUGUUGGCAUGGCGUUUCCUGGAUAUGUUGCUCAACCUCAACUUGGUUUAGGAAAUUCUGAAAUGACAUGGCUACCAGUUUUGGCUGGUGCUGCGGGUGCUUUAGGGGCUACUUAUUGUUCACCUUAUAUUGCUGUUGAUGGGGCUUAUCAUGCUCGCCCAUCCGGACAGACAUCUUCUGUGGGUUCUUCGAGCAAAGAUAACAACAAUACUAACAAGUCCAAUAAUGAAUGGAAACUUACUUCUCAGACACCCGAACUUGUGAAUGAUGAGUUUGGGCAAAGACAAAAGCCUCGCAGAUACUCAGAGAUGGAUUUUAAGCAGCCAAGUCCAAGUACUUAGAUAAGAAGGACCAUAUUUGAAUAAGCAGAUAAAGGCCCUUGAUCAGGCCCUUUUUGUUCUCCAGCUUUUGUUCUGGAGUGCUUUGGGCCGCAUUAUGUUCCUGGAUAUUUUAGUUAUACGUAACAAACACCUGCUCAUGCUGCAGUCAAUUUGAGAACAUAAUUGUGGCUUGACAGGUGGUAGUUUCUUGUUUAAAUGUGAGGUUUUCUUGUGCUUUGGUUUUUCAGUGAAGCUUGAGAGAAAUGUAUGUGGGCUUCGUCAAAAACUAUAUACUAAAAAAUUUGAAAAAGAACAAGAACUAUUGUGCAGAAGCUAUUUGGUCGGUGACGUUGAGUUUUCCUAUUUAUAUUAGUGGAUGGUGUGUGAGUUUUCCAUCCGGCUUUGAUGACCUUAACUUUGUGGUUGAGUCUGGUUUCAAGAGUACCUUUUAAUGUGGGAUUUUUAUUUAGAUGACAGCCUACUUGCUGAAAUACGGCAGGGUAGAGAAUUUAUUUGUUCAGUGGACAUGUAUUGUGUUUACAGAUGCUUUUUAAAGUUAUGGAAUGGGGUAUGAUUUAUGUGGUA